CGCACACGCCUCCUACCCAAAUCACAGCCCUGUGCAGACCGGCUCUCAUUCACAGCUUUCUAGAGAAAUCUGAGCUGCAACUGCCAGGAUAGGGGAUCUCACCCACCCAGUUCAGCCGCGAGGACACCUGCAGAAACACAUUCUCAAAACAAGCCUGGGCGGCGGUGUGAAGUAAGCCAUGACCACGGUUUUCGUUCUGGUUUGGAUGCCACCACCACAUAGGGUCUGAAUGUCCGGCUGUUUCCCAGGGACCGGAAGAAGCCUCUCCGCUUGUCUGUUUUGGGGGCAGUCUUGUAGGAGAACCACUGGAUGGGCCACGGAGUCAGCGCGCUUUCCCGUGAAUGGGACCAGUUUCUGUUCUUCCCAAACCUCAGAGCUUAAGCACUUGGGAAGGAGAUUUGGCCAAGAUGACGCACUUGCAGGCUGGGCUCAGUCCAGACACGAUAGAGAAAGCCCGCCUGGAACUGAAUGAGAACCCGGAUGUUUUACAUCAGGACAUUCAACAAGUCAGAGACAUGAUCAUCACCAGGCCGGACAUUGGGUUUUUACGAACAGAUGAUGCCUUCAUCCUGCGUUUUCUCCGAGCCAGGAAGUUUCACCAAGCCGAUGCCUUCAGACUCCUGGCCCAGUACUUUCAGUACCGCCAGCUAAACCUGGACAUGUUCAAAAACUUCAAGGCAGAUGAUCCCGGCAUUAAGAGGGCGUUGAUUGAUGGGUUCCCUGGUGUGCUGGAAAACCGUGACCACUACGGCAGGAAGAUUCUCCUGCUGUUUGCUGCCAAUUGGGAUCAGAGUAGGAACUCCUUCACAGACAUCCUUCGCGCCAUUCUGCUGUCUUUGGAAGUCCUUAUUGAAGAUCCUGAACUUCAGAUCAAUGGUUUCAUUCUAAUUAUAGACUGGAGUAAUUUUUCCUUCAAACAAGCCUCCAAAUUGACACCUUCUAUCCUUAAACUGGCCAUUGAAGGGUUGCAGGACAGCUUUCCUGCUCGCUUCGGAGGAGUCCAUUUUGUCAACCAGCCCUGGUACAUCCAUGCCCUGUACACGCUCAUCAAGCCAUUCCUUAAAGACAAGACAAGAAAGCGGAUUUUCCUACAUGGUAACAAUUUAAACAGCCUUCACCAGCUUAUACACCCCGAAUUUCUGCCCUCUGAAUUUGGAGGGACCCUUCCUCCUUAUGACAUGGGGACUUGGGCCCGGACAUUGCUUGGCCCUGACUACAGUGAUGAAAAUGACUAUACCCACACUUCCUAUAAUGCCAUGCAUGUGAAACAUACAUGCUCCAACCUGGAGAGAGAGUGCUCACCCAAGCCCAUGAAAAGAUCUCAGUCUGUGGUAGAAGCUGGGACCCUGAAACAUGACGAGAAGGGAGAAAACGAGAACACUCAGCCCCUGCUGGCUCUGGACUGA